AUGGCUUUGGUGAUGGAACCCAUCAGCAAAUGGACUCCCAAGCAAGUGCUGGAUUGGAUGAAAGGGUUGGACGACUGCCUCCUCCAGUACAUCAAGACGUUUGAGCGGGAGCGGAUCAACGGGGAGCAGCUGCUGCACAUCACCCACCAGGAGCUGGAGGAGCUGGGGGUCACUCGCAUCGGCCACCAGGAGCUCAUCCUGGAGGCCGUAGACCUACUGUGUGCUCUGAACUAUGGACUGGAGACAGAGAACCUGAGAACGCUGUCCCACAAGCUGAACGCCUCCGCCAAGAAUCUGCAGAAUUUCAUCACCGGCCGUCGCCGCGGCGGCCAUUAUGAUGGACGGGCGUCUCGGCGACUCCCCAAUGACUUCCUGACCUCCGUGGUGGACCUCAUAGGGGCGGCCAAGAACCUACUGGCCUGGCUCGACAGAUCGCCUUUCGUGAGUGUGACGGAGUACUCUGUGCUGAAGAAUAACAUUGUUCAGCUCUGUCUGGAGUUGACCACCAUUGUUCAGCAGGACUGCACUGUGUACGAGACCGAGAACAAAAUCCUACAUGUGUGUAAGACGCUGUCGGGGAUCUGUGAGCACAUCAUCUCGCUGUCGUCCGAUUCGCUGGUGUCCCAGUCGGCCCAUCUGGAGGUGGUGCACCUGACAAACGUCAUGCCAAGUGAAGGCCUGGGAAUGUACAUCAAGUCCACGUACGACGGACUGCAUGUCAUCACUGGAACCACGGAGAAUUCUCCAGCAGAUCAGUGCAAGAAGAUUCAUGCAGGGGAUGAAGUGAUACAGGUUAACCAUCAGACAGUGGUGGGUUGGCAGCUGAAGAACCUGGUGAAUUCCCUGCGUGAGGACCCCAGUGGCGUGAUCCUGACCCUGAAGAAGAGACCCCAGAACAGCCUCACAUCCGCCCCCGCCCUCCUCAAGAACGCACGCUGGAAACCCCUGGCCCUACAGCCCAUCCCCACCAGCCCCUGCAGUGAGUCCCCGACUCCCCCCAGCACGCUAGGCUCCAUGGGCCUCUCCCCAGGCCUGGACACCCCCGGCAGCCACGACGUCUUCAUCCUCUCCCCCGUCUCUGGCGUCUACGGACACAGGGAGGAGGAUAUGGAGAGGGGCGGUUUUGGCAGCGUGUUCAGCAGCACGUCGGAGUCCCCGGGCUUCUUCAUGGAGCAGGAGGCGGGCCAGUACUUCCCUCUGCUGGAGGAAGAGACCUCUAGGACCACAGGGAUACGCCGCCGGGACCGCACCCCCACGCAUGGUGACCACAGGCCGGUGUCCAUGGCCACCGAGUGGAUGCCUGACUCCCAGGAGAGCGGAGUGUACAAGAGAGGAAGCAGAGACUCGGACUCGUCUCUGCUGCGCUUCAUGAGUGACGACCGUAUCAUGGUGAUCCAGGAGGAGGGCGAGUUUGCGCGGGGCGACUUCCAGCGGGACACGAGCCGUCGCUCGCGGAGGAAGAGCCGCAACCCCAGCAGCCCCAGCUACCCCAUCAGCCCCUCCAUGCUGGCUCCGCCCGUCAGACUGGACACAGGACCCCCCGAGGGGCUGCCCUUUCCUGUGCCCGACAGCAACACUGUGCCACACUAUCAUCGAGCUGCCGACACACUGAGGGCUGACACGGACAGGUAUGCAAGUUCUGCCAUUGACAGACAAGCAGGAACAUCAAUGAGGAAGUCAGUGCACUAUGCCUCGUUAAGGACCAAGACCAAAAAGAAGAGCAAAGGAUCGCUGAGCAAUGCGAGCCGCAGGAGGAUCGCGUGUAAGGACCUGGGCCAUGGCGACUGUGAGGGCUGGCUGUGGAAGAAGAAAGACGAUACGGGCUACUUCACUCAGAAGUGGAAGAAGUACUGGUUCGUCCUGAAGGAUUCGGACCUCUACUGGUACACCAACCAGAAUGACGAGAAGGCCGAGGGUUUCAUCAGUUUGCCCGAGUUCCGGAUAGACAGAGCCAUCGAGUGCAGGAGGAAACAUGCUUUCAAGGCCUGCCAUCCGAAAAUCAAGAGUUUCUUUUUCGCCACAGACCAUUUAGAGGAGAUGAACCGAUGGAUGAACCGUUUGGGCCUGGCUGCCAUUGGCUACACCCCAGACGACCCUGUUCCCCGCCCAGACGAAGACUACUGGAGUGAAAGUGACCAGGAGGAGAUGGAGGGGUCCAUGACCCUCAAACACGACAGUUACCACCGAGGCCACAGUACCUCGUCCACCAGCCCCUUCCCCGAGCGCCACUUCUCCAGCGGCUCCAACUUCUCCCACUCCUCGGCCGAGGAGGCGCACUCCACCUCCACCGGCUGCCGGCCCACGCACCACGCGCGCGAGCGCCGCUCCUGGCAGGACCUGAUCGAGACGCCGCUGACCAGCGCCGGCCUGCACUACCUGCAGACUGCCGAGGCCGACGCCGAGUGGGGCGGCAUCCCCGGCGGACCCCAGCUGGCGCCCAGCCUCUCCCCGCCCGAGCUGCGCCGGCACCAGGCCACGCUGCCCGCCCAGCGGCACCGGACCCCGCACCAGGACCGCGACGGGCCCUUCCCGCUCACGGACAGCGAGGAGCGGGGAGGGUCUCGCGGAGGUGGCGGCGGCGGAGGAGGCGGGGGUGGUGGCGGCAGGUCUCACGGCCACAAGCAGCGCAGCCACAGCCUGCCGCGCAACCGCGACGCCCAGGCCGCGCUGGCACGCCACACCCACGGCACGCUGCGGCCGCGCGCCCACGUGCACCGCGAGGAGGUGGAGGAGGACGAGGACGAGGACGAGCGCAGGCACGGCAGCCGGCGGCGGGACGGAGGAGAGCGGGCGGCGAUGGACGGGCUACAGGAGCUGUACCGCACCCUGGAGCAGGCCAGCCUGUCAGCCUUCGGGCAGCAGCGGCCCUCCACCAAGCAGGAGUUCCGGCGCUCCUUCGUCAAGCGCUGCAACGACCCGGCCACCAACGACCGGCUGCAUCGCAUACGGGCCCUGCGCAGCACGCUGAAGGCCAAAGAGGGCGAUCUGGCCGUCAUCGGCCUGGUCCUGGAUGACCCCUGCUUGACCUCACGCAAGUUCCGGGAGUGGAAGCAGCGCAACCACGAGCUCUUCGUGGACAUCUGCGAGUACAGCAACGGCGGCGGCGGCGUGGCGCCCCUGGAGCUCGUGUCGGACGCCACCGCAGCCGCCAUCGCCAUGGGCAACGCCGGCGACCUUUCACCCCUGUCGCCUACCACGCUGAUGAUGCACACGCACUCCUUCAUCGAGACGCACGUUUGACGCGGAACACACCCAAACAGUAGUAUACACACACACAUGCACAUACACGCAUAGAUCCAGAUAUACACAUACACAUAUACGUAACAUUUUAGGUACAUGCACUCCUGUUCUCUGCCAAAACACCCAGAUGUGUUACACUUACACACAAACACCCACACAGACUCACUCAUGCAUAUACGACAAAACAUAAACGUGUCAUUGCACAUUGAACAAAACUGCAAACUUUUACAUAAAGCUUAUGUCCAUCCACUGUUACUGACAAACUCCUAUGCCAUGCAUACGUACAUAAUAGACAUUAUGCUGUAUGUUAGAAGUUCACAUGCCCAUAGACUGAACAAAGACAAAGAGAAAAAAAUAUAUGAUGGAAGAAGCACUGUGGAGUUACUAUGGACACCAUUCUUCUGUACCCCUACUUUAGCCCCUCCCACUGUACCGUGACCCUUGACCUUACCCUGAACCCUGACUGA